UGGGGCUGGUUGUAGUCAGCAGAGAGGCAGGCUCGCUGCGGGCUCAGGAGUGCGCUGCUCCUUCUUAUUGCUUCUGCAGUCUUCACCCUCCACUUCAACCUCUUUGUAUUGGGGUGGCAGAGCAAAGGGACAAAUCCUUUAUUCUCCCAUUCCCACUACUUGAUCUGACUGAGGCGGAUGAAGAAAAGAGGUGCAAAUCAAGAAAGCCUCCCAAGUGAAAACGUGACUGACUUCUGGGACCCUGACUGGACAGCCUGCCUGCUCUCUAAUAAACCUCCUCAUCUGAUGGGUUCACACCCUACUCCUGGAAACCAGGCAUAAGAGGCCAGAGAGGCCCUAUGAGAGAGAGAGGAAAACGAACACAGAAGCAGCACAAUGACAUCGGCCACAGAUUUUGAUAAUGUGGAGAUUCAGCAGCAGUACAGCCACAUCAAUGCUCGUUGGGAACUCUCGGAUGAAGGUGAACUCGAUAACGACAACAGCUCAGCAAGGUUGUUUGAGCGUUCCAGGAUCAAAGCUCUUUCAGAUGAACGUGAAGUUGUGCAGAAGAAAACCUUUACGAAAUGGGUGAACUCUCACUUGGCACGUGUAACUUGCCGCAUUACAGAUCUAUACACUGACCUCCGAGAUGGCCGUAUGCUGAUUAAACUGUUGGAAAUUCUCUCAGGAGAGCACCUGCCAAAGCCUACCAAAGGUCGGAUGCGGAUACACUGUUUGGAAAACGUGGACAAAGCGCUUCAGUUCCUGAAGGAACAGAAAGUGCACCUGGAAAACAUGGGGUCACAUGAUAUUGUUGAUGGGAGCCAUAGGCUUACACUUGGUCUCAUCUGGACCAUCAUCCUUCGGUUCCAGAUCCAGGAUAUCACUGUAGAGACACAUGACAACCGUGAAACACGUUCAGCAAAGGAUGCCCUCCUACUUUGGUGCCAGAUGAAAACAGCAGGGUAUCCCAAUGUCAACAUAAGAAACUUCACGUCAAGUUGGAAGGAUGGAAUGGCAUUUAAUGCCCUUAUCCACAAGCACAGGCCUGAUCUGGUUGAUUUUAAUAAACUGAAGCAGUCUAAUGCUACGUACAACUUACAACAGGCCUUUAACAUUGCCGAGCAACAGCUAGGUGUGACCAAGCUGCUUGAUCCUGAGGAUGUUUUUACGGAGAAUCCAGAUGAGAAGUCAAUUAUUACCUACGUUGUGGCAUUUUACCAUUACUUCUCUAAGAUGAAAGCAUUAGCUGUGGAGGGAAAAAGGAUCGGAAAGGUGUUGGACAACGCAAUUGAAACACAGAAAAUGAUUGACAAAUAUGAACAGCUAGCAUCUGACUUGCUAAUCUGGAUUGAGCAAACCAUCAUUGUCCUCAACAGUCGAAAGUUUGCCAACUCAUUGGCUGGAGUGCAACAACAGCUUCAGGCCUUCAACACUUACCGCACAGUGGAGAAACCUUCUAAGUUCCAGGAGAAGGGUAAUCUCGAGGUGCUGCUGUUUUCCAUCCAGAGCAGGAUGAGGGCAAACAAUCAGAAAGUGUAUACACCGCAUGAAGGCAAGCUCAUCUCCGAUAUUAACAGGGGCUGGGAAAGGCUGGAAAAAGCAGAGCAUGAGCGUGAGUUGGCCCUUAGAAAUGAACUAAUCAGACAGGAGAAACUGGAGCAGCUGGCUCGCCGUUUUGACCGCAAGGCACUUAUGAGAGAAACGUGGCUGUGUGAAAAUCAACGGCUUGUUUCGCAGCAGCAAUUCAGGAUGGUGAAGGAUAAUUUUGGCUAUGACCUGUCUGCUGUGGAAGCAGCUAUGAAGAAACAUGAGGCAAUUGAGGCAGAUAUUGCUGCUUACGAGGAACGUGUGCAGACUCUUGUGGAUGUAUCACUGGAACUGGAGGCUGAAAAUUACCAUGAUAUUAAACGUAUUAACGCCAGAAAGGACAACAUCAUGCGGCUGUGGGAGUACCUGUUGGAGCUGCUUAAUGCUAGACGAGCAAGACUGGAAAUGAACUUGGCCCUUCAGAAGAUUUUCCAGGAGAUGCUCCACAUCAUUGAUUGGAUGGAUGAAAUGAAAGUACAACUGCUAUCACAAGAUUUUGGUAAACAUUUAAUGGGUGUGGAGGACCUGCUCCAGAAACAUACACUGGUGGAAGCUGACAUUGCGAUUCAAGCAGAUAGACUGAAGUUGGUUAAUGCAGGAGCACUCAAGUUUGCUGAAGGCGAAGGUUAUACCCCUUGCGACCCCAAUGUGAUAAAAGAUCGUGUGAACCACCUGGAACUGUGUUACGAGGAGCUUUGUGUAUUGGCGGCUGAGCGGAAGGCUCGCCUGGAGCAGUCCCGUUGUCUCUGGAGGUUCUUCUGGGAGAUGGCCGAAACUGAGGGCUGGAUUCGGGAAAGAGAGCAGAUCUUCUCUUCACAGGAUUAUGGAAAAGAUAUCACCAGCAUUGCGAUUCUGCAGAGCAAGCAUAAGGCACUGGAGGAUGAGUUGGUUGGCCUCAGCACUCACCUGCAGCAAACAAUUAAAGAAGGCAGAGAUAUGAUUGCACAGAAACACUUUGCUUCGCCCGAGAUCAAGAAGCGAAUAGAGGAGGUCCUUGCGAUGUGGAAGGAUCUGGAGGAGCUGGCUGCUUUCCGCAAGCAGAAUCUUCAGGAUGCGCAGAAUUUCUGCCAAUUCCAGGUGGACGCAGAUGAUGUCAAAACUUGGCUGCAAGACAUGUAUCGCAUUGUGUCUUCCGAUGAUGUUGGUCACGACGAAUUUUCCACGCAGACGCUGGUGAAGAAACAUAGAGACCUUACAGAUGAGAUUAUGAAGUCCGGGACAGCUAUUGACACUCUGAAUAAACAGUUACAGAGCCUUCCAGAGGAGUUCAGAAAAUUACCAGAAAUAAAGGACCGACAGUGGGAGAUAAAGGAGCUGUUUGCAGAUCUCGUAGCUCUAGCAGAUCUGCGGAGGCAGCGUCUGCAGGAUGCCCUGGCUCUCUACAUAAUGUUAAGUGAAGCUGAUGCUUGUGAAUUAUGGAUGAAUGAGAAGGAGAAGUGGCUGGAAGGAAUAGAGAUUCCAAAGAAACUUGAUGACCUGGAAGUAGUGGAGCACAGGUUUGAAACCCUGGUACAGGAAAUGAACAAUUUGGGAUCUCGGAUCACUGAAGUAAACCAUACAGCGAACCACUUGGUAGAGCGUGGGCACCCGAGUACACAAGAGGUGAAAGAAUGUCAGGAUCGUGUGAACCUCAGAUGGUUGCAGUUUCAGAAGUUGGCAGAGAUGAAAAAGAACGAUGUUCACUCAGCAUUAAGCCUUCAGAAUUAUUGCCUUGAGUGCGACGAAACCAAAGUCUGGAUCCGUGAAAAAACCAAACUCAUCGAAUCAACUCAGAGCUUGGAGAAAGACUUGGCUGGUGUCCUGGCCAUUCAAAGAAAGUUGUGUGGAAUUGAGAGGGAUCUAGCUGCCAUUGAGUCAAGACUUCCAGAGUUGCAGAAGGAGGCCCAUGCAUUGGCAGAUCAGCAUCCUCAUCAUGCUGCAGAUAUCUUGAAAAGGCUUAAGGAAAUCAAUGAUGUUUGGGAUGAACUGAAAGACAUUCUUCAAGGUCGUGAGGAAUCACUUGGUGAGGCCAGCAAACUGCAGAAAUUCCUACAGGAUUUAGAUGACUUCCAGUUGUGGCUAUCCAAAUCACAAAAAGCUAUCGCUUCUGAAGAUGAGCCCAACUCUUUGCCUGAAGCUGAAACUCUCCUCAGACAACAUAAUGCCAUCAAAAAUGAGAUAGAUCGCAAUUUGGAAGAUUACCACAAGAUAAAGGAGAAUGGGAAAAUGAUAACCGAGGGAGAAACAGACCCGCAAUUUCAAAUAUUAAAGCAGCGUUUGGAAGGAGUGGACACUGGUUGGAAUGAGCUUCUUCAGAUGUGGGAAAACAGAAAAGAUCUUCUGUCUCAGUCUCAUGGGUAUCAGCAGUUCCUCCGAGACAGCAAGCAAGCAGAUAGUAUGCUUCGCAAUCAGGAAUACAGUUUAGCACAUGUUGAAAUGCCAAAGACUCUGGAAGCUGCAGAAGGUGCGAUGAAGAAACAUGAAGAGUUUAUAACAACCAUGGAUGCUAACAAGGACAAAAUCACUGGGACAAUUAAUGGAGGAGAAAAGUUGAUUGAUGAGGACAAUAAUUUUAAAGCCAAAGUGGUUGACAAGGUCAACUCUAUCAAGGAAAGGCACCAAGAGAAUAUGAAACAGGCAAAAGAGGUGGCAGCACUUCUGAAAGACAACCGUGAUCUUCAACAUUUUCUUCAGAAUUGCCAAGAGCUAAUUUUCUGGAUCAAUGAGAAGAUGCUAACUGCUCAGGACACCUCUUACGAUGAGGCUCGCAACUUACACACCAAGUGGCAGAAGCACCAAGCAUUUAUGGCUGAGCUGGCAUCGAACAAAGAAUGGCUGGACAAGGUUGAAAAGGAAGGGAAGCAGCUGAUGGAGGAGAAGCCGGAGUUUAAGCCGCAAAUCUCGGACAAACUGCAAGAAUUGACUGACUUGUGGAAUGUUUUGGAUGUCACCACGGAGAGUAAGGCAAAGCGCCUAUUUGAUGCAAACCGCUCGGAACUGUUUGCGCAGACUCGUGACGACUUAAACAAGUGGUUGACUGAUGUAGAGUUACAGCUGCACUCUGAUGACUUUGGAAAGGACCUGACCAGUGUCAAUAUCCUGCUGAAAAAACUACAGAUAUUAGAAAAUCAAGUGGAUGCGCGACAGAAAGAGGUGGAGGAGCUGCUUUCUCAGACCAAAAUUCUCUCCCAAGAGGGACCGAUGGAGACAGAAGGGAAAGAACAAGAUAUUGAAAGAAGAUUCUUAAAGCUGAUGGGUCCUCUACAGGAACGGCGCCAAAAACUCCUCCUGUCGAAAUUAACCUACCAGUUUUACCGGGAUCUGGAGGACGAGAUUCUUUGGGUGCAAGAACGAAUGCCCUUAGCUACAAGUACAGACCAUGGCCAUAACCUCCAGACUGUACACCUCUUAAUGAAGAAGAAUAAGACUUUUCAGAAGGAGUUACAGGGACAUCAGCCACGUAUUGAUGAUGUGUUGGAAAGAGGAGCAACCAUGGUUGUGGAACAAAGGCCUGACUCAGUUGCCAUCAAGAAGCAGUUGAAAGAGUUAAAGGAAUUACGGAACAACCUGCUGGAAGAAACAGAGAACAGACAAAAACGUCUGGAAGGUGCAAAUGAAGCCCAGCAAUAUUAUCUGGAUGCUGCAGAGGCUGAAGUUUGGAUGAGUGAGCAAGAGCUGUAUAUGAUUGCUGAUGAGAAAGCCAAGGAUGAGGCUGGCGCAACUACAAUGUUGAAGAAACACCUAAUCCUGCAACAGGUUGUCCUUGAUUACGGGAAUAUUAUCCGGGAGCUGGCAGACAGGGCGCAGAAACUUCUUACUGAGGAGCACCCUGAGGGUGAGCAGAUCAUUAGGCGCCAAGGUCAGGUGGACAAGCUGUAUGCAGGACUCAAAGACCUAGCAAAUGAGAGGAAGAAGAAGUUGGAGGAUAUAUACCAUCUCUUCCAAUUGAACCGUGAGGUAAUGGACCUGGAGCAGUGGAUUGCAGAAAGGGAUGUUGCAGCAUCUUCGCAGGAACUAGGACAAGACUAUGAUCAAGUUACAUUACUGAGAGAGAAGUUCCGGGAGUUUGCCCGGGAGACAGGAACGAUCGGUCAGGAAAGAGUGGACAGUGUGAAUGUGCUGAUAGAUGACCUCAUAGACUCGGGUCAUUCGGAAGCGGCUGACAUUGCAGAGUGGAAAGACAGUUUGAAUGAGGCCUGGGCUGACCUCCUGGAACUGAUAGAUACUCGCACGCAGCUCCUGACUGCCUCCUACGAGCUCCACAAAUACUUCUACGAUGGCAAAGAGCUUCUGAGCCUGAUUCAGGAAAAGCACAAGGAGUUGCCAGAGGACCUAGGCCGUGACACAAACACAGCAGAGUCUUUCCACAGAAAGCACAAUGCAUUUGAACGUGACAUUCAUUCCCUGGGAAUACAGGUUCAGCAGUUUCAGGAUGAUGCAGGCCAUUUGCAGACGGCAUAUGCAGGGGAUAAAGCUGCUGCCAUCCAGAAACAGGAGCAGGAGGUGGUGGACGCCUGGAAGGCACUUCUGGAUGCUUGUGAUGGUCGCCGUACCCAGUUAGUUGACACUGCGGAGAGGUUCCGUUUCUUCAGCAUGGUCCGAGAUUUGAUGUCUUGGAUGGAAAGCAUUAUCAGACAGGUGGAAACAGAAGAGAAGCCAAGAGAUGUCUCAUCUGUGGAAUUACUGAAGAAGUACCACGAGGAAAUCAGAGCAGACAUUGAAACCAAGAACAGAAAUUUCACUUCCUGCAUUGACUUUGGCAAAACCAUGUUAGCCCGCAAUCAUCAUGCUUCUGAGGAGAUUAAAGAAAAGUUGGUACAACUCACAGAGAAGAGAAAAUCAAUGAUGGAUAAAUGGGAGGAGCGCUGGCACUGGUUACGUCUUUUAUUGGAAGCGUGCCAGUUUGCAAGGGAUGCUUCAGUUGCUGAAGCGUGGCUGAUUACUCAAGAAUCUUACCUUAACAGCGGUGAUAUGGGUAACAGCGUGGAUGAGGUUGAAAAACUGAUCAAGAAACAUGAGGCAUUUGAAAAAUCAACAGCCACUUGGGAUGAGAGGUUUUCCGCACUGGAGAGACUCACCACUUUGGAGUUAUUGGAGAUUCGAAAGAAACAAGAGGCUCUCAGGCAAAGCAUGGGAGUGCAACAACAGCCAGAGUCAGAACUGGAUCAUGAUCGAACACCACCUGAUAUUGACCGACAACCAGCUGAUCAAACACGUUUGGAAAAGACGCAGAAAGAGGAAUGGAAGAUGGAAGGCCAGAAGAGCGCAGAACUAACCCCUCAUGCAACAGAUGAACCAUCACUGAUAACCACUUCGGAAGAUUUGUCUGCCUUGGUAAAUGGUACUGACAGCCCGGAAGAAAAGACACUGGAAAGUGAAGAGAAAUCGGAGGUUGAAGAGAAGCUUCGCGAGAGAGCUUCCAAACCUCCGCCCUUGAUAUUGUCAGAGCUUGAACUAGAGAAGCCCAGAGUUGCAUCCACACUUCCCAUCUUGACUCCAAAAGAACAACCUGCCCAAUGGGAGGGAUACCUUGCACGUAAACAUGAACUAGAAGGACCUAAUAGGAAAGCAUCAAACAGGUCUUGGGCUACCUUAUAUUGUGCCCUGAAGAGUAGCGAGCUUUACUUCUAUAAGGAUACAAAGAAUUGUAGUGCAGGAGUAACAUACCAUGGUGAAGACCCCCUGAAUCUGAAAGGUGCUUUGUGUGAAGUGGCUGCUGAUUAUAAGAAGAAAAAGCAUGUAUUUAAGCUGCGAUUGAACAACGGCUCUGAAUAUCUGUUCCAUGGUAAGGAUGAGGAGGAGUUGCACAACUGGAUCCACAAUCUCAACGCAGCAAUAGCAGAACAGGACAAACCACAGAGUACAAGACACGGUGAAAUCAAGGCACAUACCCUACCUCUCCCAUCUGUGAUUGCUCCAGAAACCAGUCCUGGCAAAAAGGACAAGGAAAAAAGAUUUAGUCUUUUUGCAAAAAAGAAAUGACCAGUGUUAAAAGAAAAAAAGGAAAAAAAGAUGUUUAGUGCCUACAUUACAAAAUGGUGGCAGUGGUCAAACUGCACCAGAGUUUGGGGAAUGGGGGAAGAGCAAUUUCUCCAAAUGUAAAUAUAUAUUUCAUCUUUUUAGGAAGAGAUGAGAAAGCAUUUUUUCUUAAUUUACCAAAACUCUGCAUGUCAUCCCAAACAAAAAAAGCUGAGAAUUAAUUUUUAAAUAACCCACAGUUUAACUUGUAUUUUGGUGAAACUGCGACAUUCUUUUCUUUUCUGAAAUAAGUUCUUACAGUCCUCGCUAAUGGCCGACAUGUGUAAAUCCAAAUUUAAUAGAGCUUUAAGAUCAUGGCAAAUUACCCAGCCACAUUUUUGGUUCUUGAGCCAGCACAUUAGUGAUUUCUUGUAUUGGGCUAGUCUUUUUCACAUUCUGUAAAACAAUAAUGGAACAAUGGGACUCCAACAACAAUGUUUAGGUUAAAUUGCCACUACCAAAGAAUAUUUUUGAAAAAGCGUAUUUAACAAUUCUAAGCUGAGGUCAAUUUUUUUUCAAAGCAAAAAUGAAUUAUAACAUUUUUGGGCAGGAAACUAUGUAAAAUUGAUAAAUGUUAAGUGGUUCAGCUUUGAAAUGGUUAAAAAUACCAAGUUUGUACUGUAUGCAUCAAGUUGGAGGCAAUAUUCUGUACAUUUUGGCACAUGUUUUGUAGUACUGACGUAGAUUACAUUUUAGCAAAUUAAGGGUUUUUUAGAUUUGUAGAAGCUUUAUCUGGUCAAACUGCCUUCAUUGUAAGAAUUAUUUUGCCCAAUGUGUAUUGCGACAUUGUAAAUGUGUUCAGGAGAAUUCAGUCUGUUGAUUAUUUUAAGCAAAAUCAAUCUGUUCCUUUAGGAAGUCUUCACCAACAUGUACAAUGUCAACACAUAUAUAUGUACACACACACACACACACACACACACACACACACACACACACACACACACACACACACACACAUCAGAAAAGUCACUGCCUUUGUUUUUUUAAGUUGUUGUUUGCAAACAAAGGGCUUUCUAUUAAAUAUACAUUCAUAUUUCUAUUAAUUACAUAAAAAGACACAACUAUUUGUUUUCAAGAUGUUAAACAUUUCCAACCAGUCAUUUUUGACUCUUAACUGAAGAAGCCCUUUAAAUAUUUCACUUGAGUUAUAAAUAUCACAUGAAAGAAAGUUGGGGAAAAGUCAAAGUGUACACAUAAAAGGUGCUUGCUUUUUUUAAUUUGAAUCAUUCUCUUUGUUCUAUUUUGUGUUUGGUUGAGAUUUUUCAUUUGACAGUUUUAUUCGAAAACAACAUUGGACAAAUGAGACAAGCUUUUUAGAUUGAUGUUAUAAUUUUUUUUUGAUAGAAUGUUUGAAAUUCUGUGCUAUAUCAGAGUAAGCAAAAUCUGUGCAUAAUCCCUGUAAAGGUGCAAAUCUCAAAAGGGGAUUUAUGAAGGUCAUUUCUUUUCUACAUUAAAAAUAUAGGUUAAAUGCUUUCUUUGAGAUAUUUUCUCACAUCUCACUUUUUAGAACAUGUAGCAACUGGUUCUGCCUUGAAAGAAGACUUCUGCCCUAACUUUAGGCAUUCUAUAUAACAGCUGGUCCUUCUAAUAUGAAUCAUUACUAUAUUACUAGGACUGUCAUCUGGUGGUCACUAAGGCAAGGUGAUCAUUAAGACAACGUCAGGCGUGAUGAAAGAAUAAGCUUAUGAUUGCAGAGAAUUAUAAAGUGCCAGUUUGAUAUAAUGAGGAAUGACUGAAUCUGUGCCAGACUACUUUGACCUUCAGAGAUGCAUGAGUAUAGACAUGUUAGCAGAGUUGGCUUGAGCCUUUGAACCAGCUAAAUUUAUUUAAUUUUUCAACAAUUGUUUUUCAAACAUCUGACAGUAUCUCACCAGAGCUCUUUUGGGCUUCUGCUUGACACUCUCCUUUGCUGUGAUAGAGUAAACAUUAGCCUAAUGUCCAGGAUUCUAGAAUUAGCUCAUCUCACACUUUGUCACAUUCCUCAAGAAUGUUUAAGGGAUGUGCAAAUUGUUAGCAGACUCUAUUUUCACGCUUGCUUUCCUUUAGAAGUAAUUGUCAGGAAGAUGGUACAAUUGAGAAUUAUUAUAAGUAACUUGCAAAGGUGCCAAGUGGUGCGCUGGGUUGCUUUGGGGAUAGUUUGUAUUUGAAUGACAGAACUAAGUGAAAAGGUGCUUCAGACCUCUCAGUACCCAAUUCCCUGAUUUAGCUAUGUUAGUAUCAAGCAAAACUAAUAAACAAAAACUAGAGUCAUCUUGCUUUAAUAGGUGGCACUUGUGAAAUGGUGCUGAUAGAUUUUUUCUUGGUGUUUGAAACAUUCUGCCAAAAUGAAGGACUACAGAACUGGGGAAUCAAAUGUUUAUCCACUUUUCCACUCUCCAGCAUGUGUUGUCAGUAUCAUGCACUUUUAAGUCAGCUUUGUCACUGUCAAAAAUUAAAUUUUGCUUCACACUGCCCAAAGAAUGUGCCUUAAGCAAACUUCAGAAGCGGACCUUAUAAUAAACCAGGGUGAUUUUGUUUUAACUUUGCACACUUGCCGCCCUCAUGCCAGCUUUUCAAUAAGGAUUUUUUUAUGCUCCUGAGAUGCUGCUGGGCCUGCUGUGUUCAUCCAGCCUCACAUUUUAUUAUCUUUUCAAUAAGGAAGUCAGUUUUGUGCCAAAUUGUGGAGAGUUUUGUAUUUGGUCUUUAUCCCCAAGUGUGGCUAUGGCUGACUAAUUUCUUAAAUUAUAUUGGAAGUAAACAGGGGCUUUCAUUCCAUGACAGUGGCUUUACUUGUACCUUAAUAGCUGUGAGAGGACAAUGGUGCAUUGUUAAAUGAACAACUCAUAGUCCACAGUCCAGUUUAUAAGUAGUCGCUGAAUGAUUAAACCAGUUCAGUGCCAAAUUGUGCAUAGCUUUGCUUUGCAGAGCUGUUCUAACUCAGAACUAGAUUGUGAGUGCCCAAAUGAUUGCAAGCUGAAGAGAAGUGGUUUAUUCUACUGAUCUCAGCUAGAUGGAACCCAUUUUCUAGAGAGGAAAAGGCAUAGUGCUAUCAAGCUUCUCCAGCAGGAACUUUGGAAAGAAGCCAAAAUAUUCAGCAUGUUCGACAUCAAAUACCUUGAGUAUUACCUGUUGUUGCAGAUGCCUGAAGUUUGAUUUCCAUUUUGAUUGUCAUUCUGGUGUUCUGAAGCUGAAAUCUAGUCUGAACUUUGAAAUUACUCAAAUUAGGGUGCAUCUUUGAAGCCAAAGUUGUGGUCAGUGACGAUCUAAAUGAUUUAGGAAUUAACCGCAUAAACAACAGCUAUCAAAAAAAAGCUUUCAAACUGUUCAUGUUGCUAAAUGUUAAAGAAUAUGGGAAAAUUCCACUGGUUUAAGCACCGUUUUUUUCUCCUUUUACCUCUUUGGUGUAGAACUUUACAACCGAACAUACUGAGUAAUAGCUUCAUCAGCAUUUUUAGACCAGUAUUUGAAUGAACUUGCAAUCUAUUAUGGCCCUAGCUUUGAAUCAGGUCGAAAAGUUGUUUAGUUAAGCCAAAUGUAUUUAUGGAACACGUUUAUAGCAAUAAUCACUGUAAGGUGAAUACUUCAAUAAAAUGCAACUUGUUCUCACCUGAAAAUAUGGGCUAGGUUCAGUUUAUACUAAGAUGCACUCUUAUUAGCUCAGCAAGAAGGCACUUCCAGAAUACUGUAUCAGAAUUAGCACCAUGCCAGUUCAUUUCAGGACAUAAAUGAACUUUCAGCAAAAUUAAAAGUCUGUAAUAAGUGGCAACAUGUGUAGAAACUGGUAUAGGUCUUCAAUUAAUUAAUAUGUUUAAUCAAGCUUAGGCUUUAAUCAGCUGUCUGUCCCCUAACUCAAGCACAAAACAUUUGAGUACAUUCACAUAAUUCUAACUCCGUCUUGCACAUUUGUACUGUUUCACCUAUGAUAAAAAAACUCUCAAUUUAUUUGUCUAAAAUGCCAUUGUAACGUGAGCUUAAAUAUUACACAGCAUUGGAAAAAUUGUCAGUAGACCUUAGAGGCAGUUGUUUAAUGUUUUAGACACAAGCUGUAAAUUGAUUCUGUUUCGUUUUGAAUGUGGUGUUGUUUUGGUGCAGCAGACAUCAAUGGAAUAAAAAGACAUCUUAUAUAUUUUAAA